AUGUCCACAGAAACCAUUCUCAUCCUCGGAGGCUCUUUCGCCGGCAUAGGCGCCGCGCAUUUCUGCCUCAAGCAUGUAAUUCCCUCGUUACCAAAGAAGGAGGGCGUCACAUACAACCUCACGCUUGUGAACCCUUCCAAGGACCUCUACUGGCGAAUCGCUGCACCCCGUGCAUGUGCCUCAAAGGAGAUGAUGCCCUCGAACAAGCUAUUCUACCCAAUUGAGCCGGCAUUUACCUACGCUUUCCCCAAGUUCAAGUUCGUGCAGGGUACGGCAACACACGUCGAUCCUGCUGGACAGACUGUGUCUGUCACUACAGUCGAUGGAGAGCAGCAAUCAAUCCAGUAUGCGGCACUCGUCAUCGCUACCGGCUUCAGCACGCCGAGCCCAUUGUUCACGCAGCAAACAGACGCUGCUGCGCUGGAGAACGUUUACGACGCUUUCCAAGCUGGUCUGAAGACCGCCAAGACGGUAGUCAUUGGUGGUGGAGGGCCAGUUGGGGUCGAGACGGCUGGCGAGGUAGCUGAGAUUCUGAACGGCAAGCCUGGCUUUAUGGCUUCAGCACCGAAGAAUCUGAAAGCCAAGGUUACGCUUGUAUGUGGCGACAAGAAGCUCCUCCCCGUCCUCCGUGAAGCGAUUGGCCAGACCGCACAACAGUACCUGAAGCGCGUGGGUUGCGAAGUCGUCUACAACACCAAGGUCGUCUCAGCGAACAAGAUUGGUGAUUCGGAGGGAGCCAAGACGAAAGUCGAGCUUUCUAGCGGCGAGUCGAUCGAGGCAGACAUUUACAUCGAUGCGACUGGCACGCGACCCAACACUGGCUUCCUCCCCAAAGAGUGGCUCGGCGAUCGUAACAAGGUCGCUACCAACCCCAAGACCCUCCGUGUCGACAAUGUCUCUGCCCAGCGAGUCUACGUUGUUGGAGAUGUCGGUUCUCACACUCGUGGUGGUGUAAUAGACCAGUACGACCACAUCCCCGUGGCCAUGACGAAUCUCAAGACCGAUCUGAUCGCUCAUCUCACCGGCAACGCGCCCACGGGCGACCGUCACUUCACUCCCAAUUUGAAGGAACAGCAGAUCGUGCCCAUUGGAACACAAAAGGGUGUUGGUGCUUUCAACGGCUACCGGGUACCGAGUCAGAUGGUGUGGGCGAUCAAGGGACGAGAUUACAUGAUCAGCCAGCUAGCAGAGGGUACAUUGCGAGGUGACAAUUACAAGAAGGAAGGCAAAUGGACGCCCAUUCAGGAUGCUGGAAAGGCUGGGCUGAGCUCCGGUUAGGUCGGAUUGUGCUGUAUCGCUUGCGUGCUUGUUUUUCACCGCACUGAAAUACCCUAAGUGAGAUUGUCUGUAAUUGAAUGUUAGCUUUUUUUAAUUCA